AUGCAACCUGCGGCGAGCGCGCUCGAGGGAGUGAAGUUGGUGAAGGGCGAGAUGCCGGGUGGCGGUGGGCUGGGGGUGAACGAAAAGGCGUUUGUGAGGAGGAAGAGGGGCGAGGUGCCGGUUGAUCAAUUGUUCUUCCAUGAUUAUUUCACGAGGAAGCAGGAGAGGGAGAAGGCGAUGACGAAGAAGAGGAAAGAUGGUGCAGAGGAUGAGGAAGAGGAAGAGGAAGAGAAUGGCGAAGAGCAGGAAGUCGAGGAAGGAGAAGAGGACGGCGAUGUAGGAGACCAUGAAGGCGAGGCAGUGAAGUUGGCAGGCAGUGAUUGGGACGAAGAGGCGGAUAGCGAUCUCGAAGAGGAGGAGAUCUGGAAGGCCAUGAAAGCAUCCAUGCCCACCGCAGGCGACGAUGACCUCAUGGACGAUAGCGAUAGUGAAAAUUCGGAAGAUGAAGAUGAAGUGCCGGACUUUGGAGAUGACAGUGACCUCGCCAUCGAGGACGACCUCGAGGACGACGAUCAGGCAGAGGAUAAAGAUGCUGAAGAAAAAGAGGACAGCGACGACGACCUCAUGUCCCUCGUCGAAGGGUCUGAUAACGAGGACCUCAUCUCGCUCGACGGAGACGUGCCCGAGGGUCUCAUCGAGUACGACGGAUCCGACGACUCCGACGACGGCAAUGCCGACCCGGGUGUGCUCCUACCUGAUGCCGACGCCAACGUUGACCCAGAGGAGGAGUGGCACGGUAUCGGUGUCGGCACCUCGAAGAACGACAAGAAGAGGAAACACGACGAGGCGACGGCCGGUGGGAAGGGCGGCAAACGCAAGAAGCUGCGCUCGCUACCUACAUUCGCGAGCUAUGAGGACUAUGCGAAGUUGAUUGAGGAGGGGCCGGAAGAUGAUAUUUGA